AAAUAUUGUCAACAUCUUUUGCCAGAGCAGAUAAAUAAGAAAAAAAAAAACACUAAUUAAUGAUUUAAUAAUAACAAUAAACAAUCUAUUACUAUAACUUCAAAAUAUUAAACUUAAGAAAAUUUAUAAUAAUGUAGAUCUAAUGCAGAGCGAGCUACAUUUUUCAAAACGGUGAAACCGUAGUUAUUGACUGUUAAAAUCAUUAGCUGCUAAAGUAAACAAUUGUGUAUUUUUAAAGUUAAAGUAAGAAAUGGCAGAUACGCUAUUUUUUAAAAGAUCCCAAACAAUGUACCCAUAUUGGGUCAAUAUGCCACCAACAGUCCCUCGUUAUCCAGCUUCACAAGAUAUGUUCAGACGUGAAGAACCAGAUAAAUACACUCAACGUAAAGGAAGAGAUGGAUACCAGAAUUGGACAGACAAGUGGUAUGACUGGGGUCACCCAGUUAGGCGGCAAGAGGAACUACCACAAGUAGUAGACAGACAGGAGCCACUGUCUCGUCCUUGGCAAUAUGGCGUUCAUAUGGGAGUCGAAGGAGUGCCAAAGUGGACAAGGGAGGGAAAGGACUGGCCUGUAGAUAACAAAAAAUAUCUCAAGAACGGCGUGCCCAAUACAGAGAACCACAGAGCAAGAGCUAUUCGUGAGCUGAGCUUUAGGGACGAUAAACUGUAUCCGUUUUCAAACUUUAUGACAUCAACCUACCGCAGACCAGUGUAUUCAGUUGCUGGCCCUAUGCAGAAAGAUCCAGUAUUUGGUUUAACUAGACAGAGAAACAGGCACGGGUUUAUGCCUUUUGAGGAUUAUUAUUAAUGGAUGAACUAAGAGACAUUUUUCUCUACCAGUCACACAGACUUAAGCUUCACUUUAUUUUAGAAAAAGGAUUUGUGUAAAUACAUUCUAAGGAUUUAAAGUAUAAAACUAAAACAUUUUUUUUGUUAAUGGCUUGCCAAAAUAAUUGUAACUAUAUACUUCUGUGAUAAUAUAUAUUGUGCAUAUUUUCCAUCUGUCAGAAUUUAUUAUGUGAUUUAACUUGAACUUUUUAAAAAAUUCUUACUUUGGAUGAGCAGGGCAGUGUUUGAUUUAUGUCAAACCUGAAUAGAUGCUAUGAUGAAAUAAAAGGCAUAGUGACCAAUUUUAUGGUUUAUUUAGACAAAAACAUUUAAAGACCAUUUGAUUAGGAAUGUCUAUUUUCUAAACUAUGUUGAAUCCAUUCUGUGCAGUCUUUUAGAAACUAUUUGAAAACAAAUUUAUUGUUCCUAAUGAUUAUCAACCACUUGAUCCUGAAAUCAAUUUAGCAGCAUGUUUUUAGAUACAUAUCAAGACUGAAAUCAAAUUAGGCAGCAUGUUUUUAGAGAAAUAGCUAUGAUAAUAUGAAUAAAAAAGAGAUUCACACA